AUUUGCCCCCAAAGCGAUACAAAAUAGCUUAGGGAAAAUGAACAUACUGGAUAUUUUCCUUGCAUCGUUAGAUCGCUCUAUGAUGCUGAAUUCAGGCGCCAUCGUCACGAAGAUGCUUGCCAUUCCCGCGAGGAAGGCAAUUCCACGGUCUGUCGUUAUUAUGUUAUAAUAUGCAUAUAUCGACGGUUUGAAAGAAUACGUUUGCUGGUCGUAUACAUUAAAUAGAGUCUCAAUGGACUACGGGCGCGAUAAAUGAACAGAAAUCGAUAUCCAUUCUCCAAGUAGUGCAUCCACAGAACUCGCCGAUAUCUUGACGUCACGAACAUCCUGGAAGAUGAUUGGCGGUCUUGACAUAAAUAUUUAAUAAGUGUCGCAUAGUUAAUGUCGCGAAAUAGAUUACCGAUAUUUCACAAAUGAUCUCAACUAUAACGUUUUCAACUAGCUGGAGGUCAUUUGACAAAAUGAAAAUCAUACAAUUUUGAUAGUGAGAAUAUCUAGGCAAAAGAAUUGAAAAAAAAAUGUAGAAAGUGAGGAGUAUUCCGAGAGCCGUUUUUCUCUGUCCGGAUUGGAUAUAUCUAUGUAUAUUAAUGUUGAAUCUAGUGUAUUCAUAGCAUCUGUAUCGGGAUUUGAAUAUACAGGAGGAUAGAUCAACUCUGGCAUGAUGUCCACAACAAGCAGACGACCCUCCUUGCCUCCAAUGCCGGACCUCUCCCAUCUAGACGAAGCGGAGAGGAAGCAGAUCGAAGAGGUAUUGAGGAGGCAACAUGAGGAGGAAGAAAAAGAACAAGAGAUGAUAAGAAAAAUGCAACAAGAGUUUGAUACAUACCGCCAGACAGUUGACAAAAUUAACUCAGAAGCCAAAAAGCUAGGUCCCCAAGGGCAGUUGGACACAGGGGCAGUGUGUCAGAUUUGUCACAAGACAAAGUUUGCUGAUGGUGUGGGGCAUAUGUGCCAUUACUGCCAGCUAAAAUCCUGUGCCAGGUGUGGAGGGAGAAUGACGGUCAAACAAAACAAGAAAAUGGAAGAUACUCCCCCAGUACCUGUCAACAAACCACCAACUACUGUCUGGGCCUGUAAUCUUUGUCGCAAAAAGCAGGAUCUAUUGGCGAAAACAGGUGCUUGGUACCAUGGAGGGAUGGCCAAGCCAGUGCAGCUUGGGAUUGAUGCUCAGUCGGGCAGUGACACUGGUUCCAUCAAGGCGGACAUAAGUCCUCAGAACGAAAAGAGACCCAAAUUGUACGAAAAGAAACUAGACGGAACUCCUUCAGGGUCCGAUAAAGAGAAUAUGAACUCUGGGCCGCGAGGACCACCUCACCCAAAGGAGGGCAUUAGGAGGCAGUCGUCGCUGGAUACUGGCAGUACACAGCACAGUCGUGGACGCCACAAUGAACAGUACGCGUUAGCUCCAGAGGACGGUGAUAAAUUACGGGAACAUGGACCGGAGCGGGGAAGAAAUCGUGACCGUUCUCCUGCCUCUAGAAGACAUUACAGUGAAACUAGGCUAUCAGAGACAGAUAGAAGAUUUGCUCAAGAAUUCCGACAUGGUGAACGAUUGGGAAGGGGGGAGGGGCCAUCACGCUCUAGGGAUCCGUCUAGGGAACGAGGGGGACCAAGGGAUGAUAUGAAAAGAGGGCGAGAUAGUCACAUCGACAAACGAGUACGAGAUGGGCCUAGGGAUCCCAGAGAUGAAAGGCACCGUGACCUCCAUCGAAGUGAGCACGACAUGGUCUACAAACGUAGCAAAGACCCUGAACACUACAGGCAACCUCCGGUGGAUAGCGUGAAAGGCCAUGACUAUGCAGACAAGGACACAAUUCGUGGCUCCAGAGAGCGUGUCGACAUGUUGGACGGUGACAAAAGAAGGACAAGAGACUCCUCUCUUUCUAAAGUAAACAAUAUGCAACCUCCCUCCGUGGGGAAAAUGGAUCGUGGUAGCAGUGGACGGUUAUCCUCAAGACAAGAACGCUCCCCAAGGGAUGCCAGUUCUAGCCGUAGAUCACCCACCACCAUGGAUAGGGACAAAAGCAAGGAGGGGCUGGAUGUGUAUCACGGAGAGACUUCUAGGUCACCGAGUGUAUCCUCGCGUCAUAAGAUCAGAAAUGCGUCCCCCACAGUAAAGGACGAGAGUGGACGUCCCAUUGACAGUCCCUAUGGUUACUCACACAGUGUCUCCUCACACUUGGACCCCAGUACUGCUGCAGGGAAGAAUUUAAGUAAGAACAAUAACAACAACAACAGGAAAAAAAUGGAGAACCUACGAGCCGACUCCCUGAGUUCUGACCCCUCGGACUGUGCCCGACCACCCCCACCAAAACCCCACAAACACCGCAAGGGGAACAAGAAGCAGAGACAGCAUUCGCUCAGUAGUUCCGAUGACGAGAUAAGAUCCACUCCAGAGAAUUCCAGUUACGAAGGAGAAGAAGAGAGCGAGAGUAUUGUUAGUGAAAAAGGGGGAAAUGAAAGCAGUUUAAGGCAAACUAAUUCAGCUGGUAGGCCCGACACCUUUAAUGGCUGUCAAAAAUGUUGCCAUGGCAAUGUUUGCUGCAAGAUGGCUGCUUAUGAGACCGAGACACAUGUUUUGAAAGACUCUGGAAUAGACACAGGUCACUCCAGUAGUAGCCAAACAUUAAACGAAGACAGUUCAAAGCAUCCUGUGACUUGGAAAUUGUCAUCAGAUGGCUCAACAUAUGUAGGUCACAUGAUUCUUAAAAAAACCAUUGAUGGAGCAAGGCAAGAUGACUGUGCAAUUUUAGGCUUGAGCAUUGUGGGAGGUAGAGAGACACCUCUAGGACAGCAUGGUGCAUAUAUCACCAAAGUCAAAAAGGGCAGUAUAGCUGACACGGUUGGCCAUCUACGUCCAGGUGAUGAGGUCCUUGAGUUCAAUGGAAGAUGCUUACAGCGAGCUACAUUUGAGGAGGUUCGAGACAUCAUCAUGGAGUCUAAACAAGAACCACAAGUGGAGCUUAUUGUUAACCGCAAUGCCAGUUCUGGUGAAGUCCCACCUGGAUUACAACAAACUGACCACAAUACUCGCAGAAGUCCGCUGGACCAUGACAAAAGAGGCAAGAGAGCCACAGAUAUUACCAAUGGCCACACAAGAAGAGUAAAUCUCUCAGAGACAGCCCCAAAUUUUACAAGUCCGAGAUCACGAUCCCUGACACCCAAGUCAAUGGGCAAAAUUCAGGUGAAGUUGUGGUAUAAUAUGAAAGAACAGGAGCUGAUAGUGACCCUUAUUAGUGCUACUAACUUGCCACCAACGACUAAAGGCCAGUUCAGACACCCAUACUGCAAAGUCUACCUUCUUCCAGACAGAAGUGAAAAAAGUAGACGUCGAACUAAAACAAUUAUGAACAGCAAUGAGCCCACCUGGAACCAAACAUUUAUGUACUAUGGUGUUACAUCAGAGGAUCUUCAAAACUUGCUGCUAGAAAUAACUGUGUGGGAUUAUGACAGAGUGGGACCAAAUGAAUUUAUGGGAGAAGUGCUUCUGGAUCUACACAGUGCAAACUUAGAAGAUGACCCCUUCUGGUACCCCCUGUCACAACAUGAUGAGAACAGUAUACCCUUACCCCAGUCUUCACCAAGAUCUAAAACCCAACAGGAGGCUUACUAUGGAAGGAAAGAUCACUUAUCCCCCCCGGUCAGUUCCAGGGGUCACAGUGACAGUGAUAUAUCGGAGUUUGAUGUAGACGAAAGGUUCGCAAGGAGUGUUCCAGUUACAAGUCGAGAAGAACAUGAGCAUUCUCACCGUCACCCGAAGACUGCUGUGGAAAAGCUGUCUGUCCCCGGGGAACAGAGCUCCCUGCCCAGGACAGCGUCCCCCAAAACUCCAGACAUGCACCCUAGAAAUAGGUCAAGGACACCUUCUUCUUCUUACCAUCGUGUGCCUGAAAACGCAUCUCGCUCACUCUCCCCACCAGACCUUAGCUCAUUGAUGGCCAACUCUCCUUCCAAUACACCCUCUCCCAAAAAGAGACAGCUGCCUGCAAUUCCAACUGAUGCCCAGCGGGAAAGUCGGGACAGAGUUGUGAGAGAUUUAGAAGAGAGAGCUCGUCAGAUAAAGAGUCGAAUGCGACCUGGAAGUGUGACCCCUAACCUCUCUGACAGUGAGGCUAUGAGGGGUCGUCACAGGUCAUCUUACGACAGGUCAAUCUCCAGAGAAAGGGGGUACCCAUUGUAUGACAGAGACCCUUCACGUGGGAGAAGGAAGGAUGAUUAUGAUAUCCCUAGUGAUGCUGAUAGUGAUAUCUCCGAAAUCUCUAAAGUUAGCACCAUAAGUGUUCGCUCUACUCAGUCUGAAAAACCUCACAGAAAAUUUAGUCAAUUCAAAGAAAAAAUAAACACCAAGUCUACGAUACCCCGAUCACAACAGCCGUCAGUGCGAACCCCCACGGGCGACAGUCAAGGCUUCCAGAAGCAGAGCAGUAGCGGCAGCAUGUCUGACUCCGAGGUAGGCUCAUGCGUGACAGAGGGGCGGAGACGUAGACCUAGCCUUGGUCACAAGAUCGGGUCACUGAUUGGUCUCCAGCGCCGGAGUAGCAGCGCGUCACAGCUGACUGACGGCAAGAAGAAGAGCUCCAUACAGAGAAGCGAGGAGGUGCUGUCAGGGCGGGGACUGGUGAAGCAGCCCAGCAAGGACUCGACGGACGGCAGUAUUGGGAGCAUCAGCAGCGAUUCUGGGAGUGUUCUGUGGCUGAAUCCAGCAGGAAUGAGACUUGGGCCAGAGGGACAAUUUGGGGACUUCAUAGAAGGCCUGGGUCCUGCUCAGUUGGUUGGUCGACAGGUUCUGGGCUCCGCUUGCCUUGGGGAGAUCCAGCUAAGUCUUUACGAUAGGAAACACCAUUUGGAAGUAGAGGUCAUCAGAGCCCGUGGUCUCAUUCCAAAAGCAGGUGCAAAAAUUCUUCCAGCCCCCUAUGUUAAGGUGUACUUGAUUGAUGGCAAACAUUGCGUAGAAAAGCAGAAAACGACUGUAGCUAGACGAACCCUGGACCCCCUGUAUCAGCAGCAGCUGGCUUUUACUGAGGACUACCGGGGGAAAAUACUUCAGGUUACUGUGUGGGGGGAUUACGGAAGAAUGGAUCGUAAAGUGUUCAUGGGUGUUGCACAGAUUCUCCUAGAUCACUUGGACCUCUCAAACAUUGUGAUUGGCUGGUACAAGUUAUUUACCAGCUCCUCAUUGGCUGGUCAUCACUCCUCGUCAUCGACGAUUGGACAUUCUCGCAAAGGCUCAACAACCUCUCUAGAUAGUGGUUACAAUAACAACAGCCCCAGAACGUAGCAUUAGCUAGGAUAAAGACCUUUAUAUUAUCUCAUUAUUAUGUGAUUUAUUCAUGUUGAUUUUUUUUUUAAUAUGUAGUUGAGUAUGCAAUUUCAAUGUUAAUAUAUGAAGACUGUAUGCUAGAAGUAAGGGCACAGAAUUUCAUGCAUAAAGUGGCCUGCUGCAUUAAUAGUUGUAAGUCUUGAUGGUAUCUUGAUAUGAAUGUAAUCUUUAAUCAUUUAUUCAUAUGCAUGUUUUCAUAAAGAGCAUUUAAAUUAUUUGUUUGAAAAAAUAUAAUUUAUAUAAUACUGAGGUUUUAUUAAUAUUCGAUGGUAUCAAUUUUCGAGGAUUCAAUGAAAAUGACAGUUUCAAGGAUUUGUAAACUCAUGGCCAAUGAUCCUAUCAAUACAAAAUGUUAAUAGAAAUUGCAUUUCAAUGAACAUUUAAUUUAGCGGAUCAACUUAACAAUGAAAUUUGGUAUUCAACGAAAAUUGAUGAAACCACAGUAGGACUCUUAUUGGCAAAGAAAACGUAAUUUUUGGCCAAUUAGAUAUAGCAAGCUCUCGAAAACAAUGUGUUAUUUGUUUAGAGAUGUGGUUUUUUUUAAAUGUUCCAAAAUUUUAGACCAUCAGUGUCUGAUAGCAUGCAUUGUGCAGGGUGUGUUUGUGAAUACAUUUAAAGAAUAUCUGAUUGUGUAAAGUUUAUGCAUGUAUCAUGCAAAUAUGCAAAAAUGAUAAUUGUUUAAGAACAAGUGAAGAAUGAUUGGUAUGUAUCAAAAUAUCAGUAUUGAAGUUACAGUACUGUAGAUUCCUUAUUUUACGCGAGUACUUAAUUCCGCGAUUCAACGAUUUGCCAUCAAAUCGCGAGUACAUAAAAUUGCGAUUGCCGAAAUUUUAUGAAAGUUUCAUGUAGUUUACAUGUGUCCCAAACUUAACAGUGAGAUUUUAGAAUUCGCGAGAUGGGCUCCUGGCGAUUUUACGCGGAUAUUAAUUCCUCGCGUUUAAUUAGGAAUUUACAGUAUACAGGGAAAUAUUUGCCCCCAUUUAAUUUUUGCCCUUUUGCCCUCAUUGUCAGCUGGUGAAUUUAAGACUUGGGGAAUUCAAAUGGUUUUGAUUAUCUCUCUUUAAACACAACUGCUUCUGGGUGAAUUCAAGACGGAGUGAAACUGUUUAAUUGCAUUAUUGUAGAAGGGCAAAAAUUACAUGGGGCAAAAAUAACCCUGUAUACAGUAUCCUAAUACAUGUUUAUGAUUACAAAAAUUCCCAGAGAUAUAAAUUAUUCAUUAAUAAAUUUUUAAUCAAUUUACAGAAUAUACUUAAAGAGAAAAACUAUUAAGAAAAUUACAAAAGAAGGAGUUUUUACUGAACAUAAGAUUGACUUGUGAAUUGGCUGACUGGAUCUGUAAACAUGCAUGCUUCUUGUUUCUGACUUGUAUUUGUACUGACAUGUUUUUGUACUGACAUGUAUUUGUACUGACAUGUAUUUGUACUGACAUGUUUUGUACUGACAUGUUUUUGUACUGACAUGUAUCUGUACUUAUACAAUACCGGUAGUUAGACUUUGAACUCAGUCUGUUUAACAUAAUAUGUUACUGUUCUGAGUGUUGGAAAACUGUUGAAGUUAGAGAUUAAAGCACAGAGUCAGUUAUAGCUUGUUUUUUUUUAUUAUUAUAUUGAGAUUUUUCCUGUGUUUUUUUGUGUAUACAUUUUUAUGUGAGACAUAGAUGUAUUUGUUACUUGCAAUUAUGCAUAGGGUAAGUGUUGUUGUUGUUGUGAUAUUGAAAUGUAGUUAAAAGUUAUUUGUGAUGCGAGUUGGUUUAUUUUUUAUUUGUUUUUGUUGAUUUCUAGUCAAAAAAAAUAUAUAUUAAAUGUGUUGGUCGAACUUUUUUAAGUUGACUUUUUGAUAUAUUAUGAAUGAUUUUUUCCCCUUGUUAUUGAAACAAAAAUCUGUGAUCAUUUUGUUUUUUUCUCUUCAAUUAAGAUAUAUAUACAUUACAUAUGGAUGAUGUAUGUUUCAAUAUAUUUCUUAUGAUACAUUUACAUGUACAUGUAUGUUGCAUAUAUGUAGAAUAGGUGUGUGUAAUUUAAUUCCCCUGUAGACAUUUUGGGUACAGAAAGUGAUUUAUGAGUCGUUGAUAUUUUGAAAACUGUUAGAGCAUGAUCGAUGGUUGUGUGUAAGAUUGACAGCCAAACUAACAUGACUGUAUCUAUAGACCUAGAGAUGCAGGUGUUGUGAAGGCCAUGUUUAUAAUUGUGCUUUAGUGACUUUUAGUCGUAUGAGCCCAAUGAUAAAUAUAUAUAGUUGAUCAGGUCUGAUCAUAAGGGGAUAAAACUUGUUCAACAAACAUUUGUUAUUCAUCCCAGGGGUCCAAUAUCCCCACCCCUCUUCUUCCACCAGUCCUUAGAAUAUAUUUAUAACUUAUACCAAAGGGUGUAUUAAGUUCCAGCAUUUUAGAAUAAGGUGAACAAAUAGAGUGUAUACAAUAUGUCGAGAGAUAUACUUACAGACUUGGUACUUCAUUGAACUAUUUAACUUAAUAUUUCCACCUUGGAUAUGACAGUUGGACACCUGGACCAAAUGGGUGCAAAGUCACUCUGGUUUAUAAUUGCUUAGAACGUACAUAGAUGUUCGGCAUAUACUUUGGAUUAAACCAUGCAUUGUCAAAUGAUGAUGGUCAUUUUUCCUUCAUACAUUUUGUCAGGUACAUUAGUCAAUCAGUUCCACGUCUCUUGCAUUAGUUUUAUACUUAAACUAAUGAAGUUGUGUAUUGAUUGUAUGAGAACAUUUUUUUAACAGCUAUGUAUAACUUAGAUUUUUCAUACCACACCGACUUUUUUGCACUGGGGAGCCCAUUCCUGUCUAAUGUAGCACCCAAUAUCUCCACCAAAGCGUGCUUUAUAAUUUGAUUAUUAAUAGUUCCUGAAUACAUGUAUAUAUAAAUUGAGUUUAGAAAGUUGAGAAAAAAAUCAUUUUGCUUACAGAAUUCUUUUAAAGAAUUUCAUAUUAAUAUAGCUGAAUUUGUAACCAGUAGUCUUCGCGACAUUAAUUUUGUAUUGUAUUCUGAUUGAGUUGUCUUAUCUUUGUUAUUUCAUGGUAAAGCACCAUUUUGUUGAAAUUAGGGAAGGAAUCAACUUUACACUGUUACAAUCAAAUAAAGUCAAUAUGAAAUCUCAAAAU